AUGACACGGUCGCUCAAAGGAUGUUCUUCAUCAUACCCGCUUGCGGCAUCUUCGGCUUAUGGCGUGUCUGGAGGUCAACUACGGGGUGUUGUUGGGUUGCACAAUUUGGGCAAUACUUGUUACAUGAAUAGCGCACUUCAGUGCAUUUCCAACGUACCCCAGCUGACGGAUUUCUUCCUUAAGGACAAAUAUAAAAAGGAUUUAAAUCGUGUCAGCAGUUUAGGUUCAAAGGGCAUUAUUGCGGAAUGUUUUGCCGGCCUCAUAAAACGCCUGUGGUCAACAGGCUCCACGGGGAACACCAUCAAUCCUCGUGAACUUAAGGUAAUUCUGCCUGGCAGAAGUUUCAUUCUUUUUGCUGUCUUUAUUCCUAUUGCACACUUUUAUUACUGCGUGUAA